AUGGAGAGCUCAAGUGACAAGAAAUGGGCUCAACAGUACCUAAUCGAUCCUCUCAACGGUCCCGAACCUAGCGAAGAAACAGGUCCUGGAAGUCAUUUCAAAUCUUCCAUUCCACAAACCAAAUCUAGCAGUUUCGGCAGAAGCAGUUCAACCAAGAAAACACCCCAAUCAACCGUAACAUCCUACCCAACACCCCCCGCCUCAGCUAGUCCCACCAAAUCCUCCUUCAACUCUAGAAAUCCAUAUGCAUCUCAUCGCCAAUCAGCAUUUGGCAGCUACUCCAAUUCUAACAGCGGAAACCUACGCAAAAGUCUCGAUGAACCUAUUGGUGAUGGUAAUGGCAAGGGACGUCGUAGAGGUAGUUCACUAGGUGAACGUUACCCAGGCGAUAUGUCACAUAGACCCCUGGAUCAAUUGCGUCAGGAGACCAAAACCGCAUACCGUUCUCCUCAUCUCCGUAAGAAGCACAUUCCAGGUGCUGAUACCAUCGACUCUCUUGACCGUACCGCUGUUGGUGGUGCAUAUCAUCAUGAAGGACCAUAUGAUGCCACACUAAUGGCACGUAAUACGAGUUAUAAAAACUCACCAGUGGCAGCGGUUGAAGGAACAAAUGCGGAGGCUAUUAGAGCUACCCCAAGGGAAUUUAUUCAGGAUAGUUUAGAUAGACAUAUUCCAUUAUCUGGAACGGCUAUUAUUCCUCCUGGAAUGCCUGGUCCAGACGGCAGGAUUAUGAAUUAUGAAGAGGGUGCUGAUUUGAUGAGGGAACCUGAUGCGGCUGGUGGUGCAUAUAAGAGAUGGGAUCAUGUGAAAUACCUCCCCGAAGACUACAAAGGCAAAGGCGAACCCUCCUUCACCAUCGAAAAAGCCCUCAAAGAACACAAAGCCUCUCAAAAAAAAUCCUCCCACCGCCGCAUCACCUCCGACGGAAACUCCAUCUACGAAAUGCAAUCCCGACCCUCCACAUCCGCAAACCCAAACUCAAAUCUCCGCGUCCCCCCAACCUAUCGCCAAAGAAGCGCAAGCGGAGGUAAUCUCUCAAGUAGUUCUAGCAGAGACAUGAAUAAUAGCACAUCUAGCGGUCGCGCAAUGGGAACCGUGGAUUUCUCUACUGAUGAGUCUGGAAUGGGUAAUAGUAGACUUAGGAGUCAUAGUGCAGGGAGAUCGCAUAAGAUGGGUGAGGGUCUCAAGAGGAGAUUUGGGAGUUUGAGGAGGAGUUUGAAGGGGGAGUGA